AUGGUGGAGCCAAAGGUGGCUCUCAUCACGGGCAUCACUGGGCAGGACGGGUCCUACCUUGCAGAGCUGCUGCUCAAAAAGGGGUAUGCGGUGCACGGCGUCAUCCGCCGCUCAUCCUCCUUCAACACCCGCCGGAUCGAAGACCUGUACCAGGACCCGCACGUGGACACACGAAAGCUGUACCUGCACUACGGCGACCUGACCGACUCGACCAACUGCUUCGAGAUCGUCUCCUCCGUGAGGCCCGACGAGUUGUACAACCUCGGCGCCCAGUCGCACGUCAAGGUCUCGUUCGAGAUGUCAGAGUACACGGCUGACACAGACGGUCUCGGCACGCUGCGGCUGCUCAACGCGAUCCGCUCGUCGGGCCUCGCCGGGAAGACGCGCUUCUACCAGGCGUCCACCUCGGAGCUCUACGGCCUCGUGCAGGAGGUGCCCCAGCGCGAGACGACGCCCUUCUACCCGCGCUCGCCGUACGCCGCGGCCAAGCUGUACGCGUACUGGAUCGUCAACUACCGCGAGGCGUACGGGAUGCACGCGAGCAACGGCGCGAUGAGCCCGGAUCCUGUUCAACCACGAGUCACUCGCGCCGUGGCCAGGAUCCACAAGGGGCUGCAGCAGACACUGUACAUGGGCAACAUUGACGCGAAGCGCGACUGGGGCCACGCCCGCGACUACGUCGAGAUGAUGUGGAUGAUGAUGCAAAAGGACGAGCCGGACGACUACGUCGUGGCGACGGGAGUGACAAACACGGCGGCCAGCCCCCCGGUUCGCUACUUCAUCGAGCUCGCCUUUGCGGCGGCCCCUGUGGGCAUCACCAUCGAGUGGCAGGGCGAGGGCGUCGACGAGAUCGGCGUCGACGCGGCGGACAAGUCGCGCGUCCUGGUGCGGAUCGACCCGAAGUAUUUCCGGCCGACCGAGGUCGAGCUGCUGAUCGGAGACCCGGCCAAGGCCAAGGAGAAGCUCGGCUGGGUGCCCAAGAUCCCGAUGCAGGAGCUCUGCAAAGAGAUGGUUGCGUGCGACAUCGCCCUCGUCGAGAAGGGCGACCUCACAUCGUGA